GCGGCUCAAGUUUCCUGACGCUGGCUGAGUGUAACCUUCACGCUCAGCUACACCUACCUGCCCAGCCCGAGGUUUGUGAUGUCCGAGGCCAUGGAGCUGGAAAUCCACGACGCCCCCGCGUGGCUGUUCCCACUGGGCAAGCGCAAGGGCGAGGGCGAUGGCGGACAGGCCUCGAAGACGUUGGUCGUCGCGACUGGGGGUGCGGGAGGGGGCCGUGGAAGCGGCGACGGGCACGGUCGAGGUCACACGGACGCGACGGACGGCAUCGACAUGGCGACCUUCAAGUGGGUGGCGCGCCAGACCUUGGCCAACUCCCGAGCCAUCGCCGAUCUCGAGGCCAACGUAAACGACACCUUUCUUCUGGCCGAGGAGACGUGGCUGGCCAAGGCAGGCCUGCUAGCGAACGCGCAGUACACCAAGGCCGCCGCCGACCUCAAAGCCAAGGCCGCCUCAGACCCGCAGGUCGACACCUCGAGCCUCGGCCCGCCGUUCUUGGUCGUCUUCUUUCUCGUGAUGUCGGAGAUCCGCAAGCAGGCCGCGACGGGGAUUCACAAGGAGGAGGUGGAGGCGUUCUGGCAGACGCACAUCAAGGACAAGACGCCCGCCGAGCUCGCCAUGAUGGUCCGCACGAUGUCGUUCCAGCAGCCCCGGGGCGAGAAGAGCAAGCGCAUGGAGAAGAUGGUCAAGCUGCGCCUUCACAUCCUCACGGACACGGAGGGCGGUCGCAAGCUCAGCACCCUGAUCUACCGCACGCUGUGCGAGCUGAACGCGCAGAAGCUGGUCGGGUCCGCGCCGCGGAGCCAGGGCGAGAGGGCAAUCCAGAAGUGGCUUUCACGUUCGAAGUAGUGGACUGGAACGGCGAGAUCAUGAACUCCACAUCGCCGAUACCCCAGUUGUUGAGUGGCUCCUGUGAUUCGGCUGGUGAAUCUAUGGCUGCAUCAUCUGGUGGUAUGGCAACAUCCACUUCGCAGUUGCCUACGAUACCUCCGUUUUUGAAUGGCUCUGAUUCGGUACGUGAAUCUGUGGCUGUGCUUUCUGGUGGUAUUCCAACACCCUCUUCGCAGUUGCCUACGAUACCUCAAAGUUUGAAUGGC